AUCGAAUGACAAAAACAUGUUUCCAGAAUCUUCUUUCUUUCUCCCCAAUCCAGUCCAGUCUAGUACCUUCCUAUCUCCAGUAUAUGAAAAAGAGCCUCUCUCGUCUUUCUUCUCCAACCGAGUUCACCGUCUCUACGAGAAGAUCAGUGCUCUGUGCUUCUAUUUACCAUUCUCCAAGCAAUGGCUUCCUCACUGGCUCUUAAGAGGCUCGUUUCUUCAAACCUUGUCCCUACCUAUCUGCGCUUUAUUCGACCGUCAGCAUCAGCUUCUCGACUCUUCAACACCGACGCUGUUCGCCGGUUUGACGAUGAUGAAGACGAACGUGGCAUUGAAGUUGAUCGCCGCUCUGGUCGCAACCUGUCCCGCAGUCGAGAUGAUUUCUUCUCAGACGUGGUGGAUCCAUUAUGGCCAAGUCGCAGCCUGAGCCAGGUACUAAACAUGAUGGACCAAUUCAUGGACAACCCUUUCCUCUCUACCUCCCGAGGCUUCGGAGCUGGACCACGCAGAGGCUGGGACGUUCGUGAGACCGAUGACGCUCUUAAUUUCCGCAUUGACAUGCCUGGGCUCGACAGGGAGGAUGUGAAGGUCUCUUUGGAACAGAACACUCUCGUUAUCAAAGGCGAGGGAGCGAACGAAUCGGAUGAGGAAGAUAGCGGCAGGAGGUACACCAGUAGGAUUGAUCUGCCAGAGAAAAUCUACAGAACUGAUCAGAUCAAGGCUGAGAUGAAGAAUGGUGUGUUGAAGGUUGUUGUGCCCAAGGUGAAGGAGGAGGAGAGGGCUGACGUAUUCCAUGUCAAGGUCGAGUAAGACUCCUCUAGAGUGUCUGUAUGGGCUUGAGUUGUGCAGAGUAUUGACUGUUUUGAGAAUAAUUAAUAGUACUUUGAACUGUAGUACAGUUGCAAAUGGUAAUGUUAUCCGAUUAAGAGUAAUGUAACUGGAAAAAGAAAAAAAAAAAAGGAAAAAUCUCUUUUCUCUAA